CCUGAACUGGUUGCCAGCCAAUCGCAGGGCACAUAGAAACAAACAACCAUUCGCACUCACAGUCAGACCUACGGGCAAUUUAGAAUCUCCAAUUAAUGCAUGUUUUUGGGAUGUGGGAGGAAACCGGAGUGCCCGGAGAAAACCCACGCAGGCACGGGGAGAACAUGCAAACUCCACACAGGCGGGGACGGGGAUUGAAUCCCGCACCUCAGAACUGUGAGGCUGACGCUCUAACCAGUCGCCCACUGUGCCGCCAAAACUGUGUACAAUCACUGAAAAACAUUUUAACCUGAAAUGUUCAAAUUGGUGGUGGGGGUAAAAAAAAAACACACUAAUUUGCAGUUACCGAGAAAUGUCUACUCUGAAUUGUAUGCUUCUAUAAACAAACAUUAGGUACUGGUACAGUAUACCACUAUAAACAAUGGAUUUUGCUUCAAGAAAGCGUGAUUGUACAGAAAAUAUUGAAAACUGAGCAUUAGCUUUAUAAAGGCAGAUUUGUUUUUCAUAAAGCUCUUGAGUGUUUCUAGAUUUGAUUGGCAGUUGCGUUUCAUAGAAUUAGUGUGUGUGUGCGCCGUACCGUCUAAUCAGAUUUCCUUGCUGCUACACACGCCCAGCCAAUCGGCGUGCAGCAGGGGCGGGACUUGUGUGGAAUUCGGGCAGGUACGUCAGUCGAGCCUUUUGGCUGAAAAUGGAUCCACUCGAGUCGAAUUAGUCUGGGGAAUAAAAAUUUAAACAAGAACAUUUUCGGCCUGGGACAAUUAUUUUCACUUUAUUUCCAUGAUUGUUUGGGGUCUGUCUACAAGGACGGAUGGACGAGAGCUAGCUUGUUGGCUUCGUAUGAAAAAUGCUCGGAAGCUGAGAGAGAUGCAUCAUGGGAAAGAAUGGCCAGACAUGUGACUACAGGAAUCCCAAAAGUCAGCUGUUAUGUCACAAAGACAUGUUCGCCUGAACGGCGACGGCUCCGGCAGGCUCCAUGGCUCAUUCAUCGGAACCCUCCUGCAGGGAGAAGACCCCCGGCACACAGGGGAAGUCGCACUCAGCGGCGCGCAACAUUGUACGGAAGAAGGAGCAGCAGCAGCAGCGGCGGCGGCGAGGAAUCCGAUCUUCCUCACCCAUGGGCCGCGUCAUCCUCAUCAACUCGCCGGUUGACGGCGGCGAUGACAGCGAAGACCUUCACACCAUCACGGUGGACAAAAGCGAGGACGGCAAGCUGGGCUUCAGCGUGCGCGGCGGCUGCGAGCACGGCCUGAGCAUCUUCGUCAGCAAGGUGGAAGACGACAGCACGGCAGAGGAGGCCGGGCUGCUGGUGGGCGACAAGCUGGUGGAGGUGAACGGCGUCAGCCUGGAGAGCAUCACCAUGAGCAGCGCCGUCAAGGUCCUAACGGGCAACAACAGGCUGAGGAUGGUGGUGAGGCGAGUGGGCAAGGUGCCCGGGAUCCGCUACUCGAAAGAGAAGACCACCUGGGUGGACUUGAUACACAGGCGCAUGGUGGUGGAGGAAAGCGGGCGGACGCCUUCGGACGCCAGCGCGAGCAGCGCUCUCCGCAGGAUCGUCCACCUGUACACCACCUCUGACGACUACUGUCUGGGUUUCAACAUCCGCGGUGGGAAGGAGUUUGGUUUGGGCAUUUACGUCUCCAAGCUGGACCCCGGCGGCCUGGCCGAGCAGAACGGGAUCAAGAUGGGCGACCAGAUCCUGGCCGCCAACGGCGUGGGCUUCGAGGACAUCAGCCACAGCAACGCGGUGGAGGUGCUGAAGAGUCACACGCACGUCAUGCUGACCAUCAAGGAGGCCGGCCGCUACCCCGCUUACAAGGAGAUGGUGGCGGAGUACCGAUGGCUCAACAAGUUGGCCAACGGGGGUCAGAAAUCUUCCUCGCUGGGGUCUGAGUCCAACUCGUCAGCAUCCUCGCUGUCCUCGGAGACGCCGGUCAGUUCUCUGAGCGGCCUGUCCCAGGUCAUGUUCCCAACUAGUUUGCCGUUUGCCUCCGACAUGGUGGAUGUGGGCAUCUCCACUGAGGACCAGAGGUUCGAGUCGGAGCACAGCGAGGCAGUCAUCCAGACGGACACCACCCGCAGCCGGGGAGCCACCACGCUGCUGCGGGACACGGCCAUCCGCCGGGAGGAAAACGAAGAUGAGGGCGGUCCGAGGAGGGAGUCUCGUAAGACGGCGGUGCUGCUGGCCCUCAGCAGACCCAGCCGACCCAUCAGCCGCUCGCAGAGCCAGGUCACCAUAGCAGAGAUCAGCCAGAAGAAAGCCAAGAAGCAGAAAGGAGGAAAAAACUCUGGAGAGAAGAGCGCCCUUCAACGCUCCAAGACGCUGGUCAACUUGUUGUUUGGAGGCGCACGCAAGAGGGACGCCUCCAGGGGGCGCUCAAAGUCGCUGUCUACUGACAAAGAAGGUUGGAGCCUUGGCAGAGGUCCGAGCGCUGCGGCAUUUCCAGAAGAGACGCUGCGAGCGGUGGAGGAGUUGGCACAGCGUCUGUUGACGGAGGAGGAGGCGGAAGCGGUGAUGAAGGCGUGUCGGACGUAUGUGGAAGAAAGGUGCGUGGAGAUGUUAAUACGUCACCUACUGGCCGUGCUGGAUAGGCCUGAAAAACUGCUGCUGCUCAGAGAGGUCAGGAUGUUGCUUCCGGCCACCCAUCUCCGAGAAUUUAACAGCACUGUGGAAGCGGUGGAGGUGGAGGCGUACGACAUCCUCAAGUACCGCUCAGUCCAAACACCGCCUCUUCGCUCUCCCGCAUCCGGACGAGCACCUAAACGCCGCCUCAUCACGCCGAUCCCAGAUUUGCGAGGGGGGUUCGAGCUGCACAGUGCCGCCAUGGUGGAGAAGCAAAGCCACUUGGUUGACAAGCUAGAGAAGCUCAGCCUGUCGGGGCCGCGGGCGUCCAGGCAGCGACGGCGGCGCCCCACUGCCCCCUUCACGCCGCUGCUGGACAUCCCGGUGGAUGGGUACCAGUUCACGGAGGACCACAAACACUGGCCCGCAUGUAGACCGGACCCCAACUGGCUGCUCUCCACCGAGUGCGAUUUUGGAAGCGUCGCCACGGUGCGCUCUGAAGAGGUCUCAGAUUCUGCAUGUUUGAAUGACCGCCAUGCUCCACAAGAGUAUGAACUCCAAACGGUCAGCAUCUCCAAGACCAAGCAGUCACUCGGCAUCAGCAUAUCUGGCGGGAUGGAGUCCAAGGUCCAGCCGGUGGUCAAGGUGGAGAAGAUCUUCUCGGGAGGAGCCGCCUCCAGCUGCGAGGUGCUUAAGGUAACGUGGACACACAACCAGAAAAGGCAGCAAAGCGUGCGACCUCCAAACACUCGCGCCUCUCUCUUCCAGGCCGGAUUCGAGGUGGUUAGCGUGGACGGCACGUCGCUGCAAGGAGUCACCCACCACCAUGCCGUUGACCUCAUCCGAAAAGCCUUCAGCAACAAGGCCAAAAACCCCAUGAUGCUGGUGGUCAAAGUGCCCUGCAAGCCUCCAAAGACAUCAUUAGCACAACUUAGUGGUCAAUAAUGGCCAAACAUCUCCAUUUUGGAAACAAAAACAACAAUUUCAUAACAAUUCAGUGUAACCUUUAAUAAACACAAAAUAUACAGCAAGGUGAAAAUAUUCAUUUCUCUCUAUAUAUGUGCUGCGGAAGCCUGACAAACAUCCAAUAUGAAGACAG